UUUGACAAUGUUUCAUAUCUGGAUCGCUGCCUGCAUAGGUUCUGUUUCCGCUGUGUCCAGGAAUGGUCAAAAAACAAAGCAGAAUGCCCUCUCUGCAAGCAACCUUUUUUCUCCAUUUUCCAUACCAUUCGUGCUGAAGAUGACUUUAAGGAGUACAUACUGAGCCCUUCAGAAAAUAGGUCUUUUGCCAGCCCUGAUGGGCGGAGAUUUCGUUACCGCACCACCUUAACAGGGGAACGUCGCAGUGGCAGUUCCGCUUCCCGAAGGACACUCUCCCCUCCAGAUAACGGGGUAUUGUUUGAAGGGCUGUCGAACGAACCAGUGAGGCAGAGAGACGGGGAGAUUCAGCAGAUGAUAAGGAGGCUGGCGUCAAGGAGGCAGGCUAGCACAGAGGGCAGAUCUGUGCGGCAGAUUCAGGAGGAGGAGAUGAUCAACUUCCGCAGAGCUCUGUACCGUACUGGUGUGCGUAUUCGUAGUAUUCAGGAUGGUGGCCGCUAUCGAGACAUUUCGGCAGAGUUUUUCCGCCGCAACCCUGCUUGCCUCCACAGGUUGGUUCCCUGGUUGAAGCGAGAACUUACAGUCCUGUUUGGUGCCCAUGGAUCUUUGGUUAAUAUUGUACAGCACAUUAUCAUGAGUAACGUGACCAGGUAUGAUCUGGAAAGUCAGGCCUUUGCUGAGGAUUUAAAGCCGUUUUUGCUGAAUCGGACUGAACACUUCUUACAUGAAUUCAUCAGUUUUGCCCGUUGUCCUUUUAACUUGGAAGCAUAUGAUCAACAUGCCAAUUAUGACUGUCCUGCACCAUCAUAUGAUGAAGGAAGCCACUUGGACUCAUCAAUUAUUACAAUAUCUCCAGAUAUGGCGUGUUCUCAAGGGACAGAUAACCGUUCGUCUGUGACUGGUCUUGGUCAGGCCCCCUGGGAUGAUGAAACUCCAGGGUCUUCCUAUUCCACUUCCGAAGAGGUUCAAACAACCGUAGCUUCUCCUCUGGAGACAUCAGAAAGUUCUGAUGAGGACUCUCCUACAAAGAGGCGAAGAACCAAACCUCCAGCACAGUUACAGGCUACUGCUGACUCAAAUGACAGUGACUCUUCCUCGCAGUUAGACAACUGUGUUAUUGUUGGGUAUGUUAAGCCGCUAGCUGAGAGGACACCAGAAGUG